AUGGAACCUGUAUCAUCACUAAGGAUAGGUUCUGUCUCUAUGACUACAUUGAAUAAUCUUCCAGAUGAACUUCUUGCCAAAAUCCUCUCCUUCCUUCCAACAAAAAAAGCUGCUUCAACCUCCAUCAUUGCCAAGAGGUGGAGGACUUUGUUUGCUCUCCGGCGUAAUCUCGACUUUGAUGACUCGAACAUUUUGGACCCGGUAAUGGCUAAAGAGGAUAGUUACCGUGCUUGGUUCAGGUCAUUUGUUGAUAGAACACUGGCUUUACAAGGCGGUGUUCAUAUCAACAAAUUCACACUUCAAUGUGUUUUGGAACAUGACAAGAUUCAUGUUGACCGCUGGAUAAAUAAAUCCCUCCAACGCGGUGUAUCUGAGCUACAUCUACGCUUAAAAGACGAUAAGUGGCUUCGUUUGCCAUCGAGUUUAUUCGUCAGCAGAACACUGGUGAAGCUUACAUUGGGAGAAGAGCUAAGCAUACAGUAUCUUCCUUCUAAUACCUUUCUUCCAUUACUAAAGAUUCUUUUCCUUCGUUCAGUUUGGUUUGAAAACCAAACGUUCUUUGAUUUGCUUCUUGGUGGUUGCCCUGCACUUGAUGAGUUAACCAUACACGACGAGGAUUUUUCAGGAACGCCCGAAGCCAUUUCCAGCAAAACCAUUACAAGACUCUCUAUCCUCUCUAAAUGCGCUAACGAUGUUGAUUUUUCAAGCUUCAUGUCACUGGACACACCAAAUCUUGUCACCUUCUUCUACGUGGAUUUUGCUCGGGAAAGGUAUCUUAUUCGUUGUAACUUGGAUUCACUUGUUAAAGCUGUUCUGGAUCUUCAUUUCCUAGAUCCUGAAGAUUGUGAUGAGCCAUUUGAACCAAAUGUGACUGAACUCAUGAAUGGGAUACACAACGUCAAGAUCCUUCAGUUGACACAAUCUGCUACUGAGGUGAUUUGGAAAUGUUGCAAAGGUGGACUACCUAUAUUCAAGAACCUUCUUCAUUUGGAGUUUUUGGGUUACGAAGAAAGUGUUUGGAAAGAGCUACUACCACUUAUGCUAGAGCAUUCUCCAAACCUAGAACGUUUGUUCCUCUCGGGUUUGUGCCGUUGCAAGUAUGAACAUGAGUCCGAUGAGAUUCGCAUUCCAGAGACUAACAAAGUAAGCUUCUUGCGUAUCACGUUCUAUCUAGGAACUGAAGAUGAGUUGAAACACAUCAGCCAUUUUUUGAUUAAAAUGGAGUGUCUUCAAGUGGUGCAAGUCUACUUUGCAAAGACAUUGGUUGAUGAAUCCAAAAAGAUGCAACUCACAGAGGAUUUGUUGAAGCUUCCCAAAGCUUCUUCCAAUCUCAUUAUGCAUGUCAUUUGAUGAAUCACCAGCAUUAUGACCAUCAGUCCAUCACCAUCAUCAGAAGCAUAGACUCUCAUCAUUAUCAUCAACACCAUAGUCCCCAGCAUCAUCGUCCAUUUGUUUUUUCUAUAUAUUUCUUCAAAAACUCAAAUUUAUGUUUUGAUGACUUAUUGUUUCGGUCCUGAAACUAUGGUUUCUUGAACAAUAAUAUUUUGUUAUUUGCUUCGUCGUUUA